AUGGAAAGCCAAAACCCAAUCCGCGUCGAGCAGCCUCGCCUCGUCGCCCGUCGCAGCAUCGCUUCGCCGCACCACCGUUCUCCCCUUCCUGCCUCCUUUACUCCCCUUCCGCCUCCCAUUCUCCCCUUCCCGCCUCCCUUUUCCCCCUUCACGCCUUCCCGUCACGCCUUCUCGCCUUCAAGCCACGCCUUCUCCCCUUCCCGCCACGCCUUCUUCCCUUCCCUCCCUUCCCAUCGUUCUCCGACUGCCUCACCGCGCUUUAAUUCGACUGACGCGACCUCAUCUCACCUUGCCUCGCAGGUUCCCCGCGCUUAUCCCCCGCCUUCUCUCCCUCCUUUCCCAUCUCCUCUCCCUCCCUUCCCAGCUCCUCUCCCUCCCUUCCCAUCUCCUCUCCUUCCCUUCCCAUCUCCUCUCCCUCCCUUCCCGCCUCCUCUCCCUCCCUUCCCUUCUCUUCUCCCUCACUUCCCAUCUCCCCCUUCUCCCUUCCCGUCCCUCCUUUCACAUCUCCCCUCACUCCCUUCCCGUCCCUCCCUUCCCAUCUCCACUCCCUCCUUUCUCGUCCCUCCUUUCACAUCUCCCCUCCCUUCCGAUCUCGCCUCCCUCCCUUCCCAUCUCCCCUCCCCCCCUUCCCAUCUCCCCUCCCUCCCUUCCCAUCUCCCCUCCCUCCCUUCUCAUCUCCUCUCCCUCCCUUCCCGUCCUUCCCUUCCCGUCCCUCCCUUCCCAUCUCCCCUCCCUCCCUUCACGUCGCUCCCUUCCCAUCUCCCCUCCCUCCCUUCCCAUCUCCCCUCCCUCCCUUUUCAUCUCCUCUCCCUCCCUUCCCGUCCCUCCCUUCGCGUCCCUCCUUUCACAUCUCCCCUCCCUCCCUUCCCGUCGCUCCCUUCCCAUCUCCCCUCCCUCCGUUCGCAUCCCUCCUUUCACAUCUAA